AUGGCCUCGCAUCUCGGCCGACUAGGGUGCGCUAAAGACAGCGGCAAAAUAGUAAAGUACAUGCCAUGCACGGAGCGGGAGGACAGACUUGAGGAGGCUGAACUGGAUGAGAUAUCAGUGAUAGGAGGCGGUAGCAUGGACAGCCUCGGCCGGCCGGUCGAAUGCGCGAUAUCAACAACCGAGCUCACUGAAGGUCGCCACUCACCGGUGACAGCCAAUGGACCGAAACUAAUCCCCGUAAACCUAGCCAUCAUCGAUGAUCGCACGCGACUUAUCGGCGAGAGGCUCAGUUCAAGUGGGACCAGGAUAAAUAUUCCGUCGCCCACCUACUCAUCUACAGCCAGCAUGCGGAGCCCAAAGGGCACCAUCAAUUCGAGUAGCUCGCGGACGAGCCUUCUGGAUGCGUGUAGCAGUGCGAUACACGUCGACAAUGGGAAACAUGGAAAGUCGCUCUCCAAGGAAGAUCAGUCCUACGUGAAUAAGGCAGCGAUGUGUUCAGAUGGCGAAAUAACGCAACAAAAAAAUUACCAACGGAGGAGAAAAAUACCGGAAAAGUGUGGGAAAUGGGAGAUGUCGAUCCAGGGCAGUCAUAAGCACCUGGGCUGCAACAUGACCUUUGUUUUCGACCCGUCCGGCCGUCUCUGCUACUACUGGUCUAUAAUAGUUAGCGUCGCAUUCUUGUACAAUUUCUGGGUGCUAAUCUACAGGUUCUCGUUCGACGAAAUAUCGAACGAGACAAUGGUAAUGUGGUUUUCGCUGGACUACUUGGCAGACGUCAUUUAUAUACUCGAUGUCGGAGUCGGAUUUCGCACCGGUUACCUAGAGGACGGCGUUCUCCAGACGGACCCGGUGAAACUGCGCCAACACUACAUGAACUGCACGCGAUUUUACAUUGACUGCCUGUGUCUGUUACCGCUGGAAUUCCUGUAUCUUUCUAUAGGCUUCAAUACUAUACUGCGCUGUUUUAGACUCGUUAAGAUCUAUCGCUUCUGGGAGAUGCUCGAUCGUACUGAGAGGCACACCAAUUACCCAAACAGCUUCCGUGCUAUCGGUCUCAUUCAUUAUUUGCUCGUGAUUUUUCACUGGAAUGCCUGUUUAUAUUACAUAAUAUCACAAAAGAUCGGAAGUGGCAGCCGUGCGUGGAACAAUCCGUUCGACAAGGACGACAAGUUACGCAACUACCUGCAUUCUUUUUAUUGGAGUACGGUGACGCUGACAAUGAUUGGCGAUCUGCCAAAGCCCAGGACUAAUGUGGAAUAUUUGUUCUGCAUAAUGGAAACAAUCGCCAGCUUACUAUUGUUUGCCACCGUGUUAGGACACGUUGCGAACAUCGUCACUAAUAUAAGUACUGCCCGAAAGGAAUUCCAAGCUAAAUUGGACGGUGUGAAGACGUAUAUGAAUUUGCGACGGGUACCGCGGCAUCUACAGGAAAAGGUCAUUCGCUGGUUUGACUACCUUUGGAUCAGCAAAAAAUCCGCGGAUGAAGAAAAACCUCUGUGUUACUUGCCGGAUAAGCUGAAAGGAGAAAUUGCUAUCCACGUUCAUCUAGACACUCUUAAGAAGGUUGAAAUAUUUCAGAAUACAGAGGCUGGAUUUCUCUGUGAGCUUGUGCUGAGAUUAAAACCGGUGUUGUUUUCUCCUGGCGACUACAUAUGCAGAAAAGGUGAGGUCGGCAAAGAAAUGUACAUAGUUAAUCGUGGCCGGCUACAGGUCGUAGCAGACAACGGAAAAACAGUUCUAGCCACGUUGAAAGCAAGCAGUUACUUUGGAGAGAUCAGCAUACUGAAUAUGGGAACUGCUGGAAACCGACGAACCGCAUCUGUCAGGUCGGUGGGAUAUUCGGAUUUAUUUUGCCUGGCCAAGAUGGAUUUGUGGGAUGUGCUAAAGGAGUACCCAGCAGCAAGAGUGCGAUUGGAAGCCGUUGCGUCGAAACGACUAAAAAAUUACAAAAAGGCACCUCUAGAAAGGGCGGCGAUGAAUCGGAGUAGCAGCACACCGGGUCUGGUGGAGUCGUUCGGGAAGCAACCAAUCCAGGCGCCGUUCCACUAUAACACCCUUCCUGUCAUGCGCACGGUACACACUGGCCGUAGUCAGGAGACACUGGCGACGCUGCAGUGCGACAACGACUGCCACGCCAAACAGUUCUCGCGGCGAGGCUCCGUACUAGGAGAUGCUGGAGUUUGCCGUCAGGAGCAUGACGGCAGCAAUGAGUUCAGCAGUGACGCAGGUACAGAGUGUGAAUUACAAACAGUCCGCCCGUCAGCAAGACAUCAAGUGCCAAUAUCAGCGUCUUCCAUACCUCUGUCCCAUUCUUCCUCGGCGUCCGAACUGCUUCAAGGCUGGCGGGAACCUUCGGGCGAUUCAGUAGCAUUCCGUAGUGGCGCUUAUAGUAAAACAGACACGAAAAUGGCGGUUAAAUCAGAGGCUAAAGACUCGUCGCAGGAGAUUCUUCUAGUAGAAGUCAAGCAACUAAGAGAAAGGCUAGCUUGGCUGGAAACAGACAAUACGUCAAUGAGCCUGCGGUUAACGCAGCAGCAGUGGGAGGUCGAGAAUCGACUCGCGGAAAUCGAAAUACACAUGUGUGGUAGUAGUAGCGCUGGUAGUACGACAAGCACGAGCGACGAAAGAACCCGCAUUAAUCAGGAGUCAGUGAUUUAA